GACAUACUGCAUCCCCCGCGGCCCCGGGGCCUGGCUGGUCAGAACUGAGCUGUAAUCGAAGCAGACACACAGAUCGAACUUUAUUAUCAACUGCUCGAUACUGAGCGCAGGAGCGGCCACAAGUCCUGAAAAAAAUACAGUGUGCGGAGAAGGAUUGCGAAAUCAGAAACAGGUUUUCGGGGGAGCAGGACGGCUUCAUAACGGCUUCCUCUGGACCUGGAGAGCUGACUUCUUAGCUUCUCACACUUUUGAUUUGUAUCUGUUUUUUGGAUUCUUUUUUGGCUGUGUGAUGUCGGUGUGUUGAAGUGAAGCUGAUGAGCUGACGGAGGACUUUGAAAACUAUCAGCUUCUCUGCACAGCCGGUGUCCGCCCAUUGUCCCGAAUCUGUCCGGCCGACAUCUGAACCCAGUGGGAGAGACUCAGUCGGACUUUGCCCCACCACAGGCCGUCAGGAGCGGGAGAUUUUCCUUUCACGACCCCGUCGGUCUGCGGUGUUCCCGCGAUGGGGAAGACCGGGCAGAGCACGGUGGCCUUGAACUCCCCGACAGAGGUCAAACAAGCGGUGCCCUUCGAGGAACUGGAUCCUGUGGCGCCCCCUGAUGACAAGACGAAGAAGACGGAGGAGCCGCCCGACAGGGGGAGCUGGAAGGGCAAGUUUGAUUUCCUGCUGUCGUGUGUGGGAUACGCCAUCGGAUUAGGAAACGUCUGGAGGUUCCCUUAUCUCUGCGGCAAGAACGGAGGAGGAGCGUUCCUGAUCCCAUACUUCCUGACGCUGGUGUUUGCUGGGAUCCCGCUCUUCUUCCUCGAGACGUCUCUGGGACAGUUCACCUCAGUGGGAGGACUGGGAGUGUGGAGACUCAUGCCUAUGAUGAAAGGUGUCGGCCUGGCUUCAGUCGUUCUCUCCUUCUGGCUCAACAUCUACUACAUCAUCAUAAUCGCCUGGGCGCUCUACUACCUAUUCAACUCCUUCGGUUCGGAGCUGCCGUGGCAAAGCUGUGAUAACCCCUGGAACACGGAGAAUUGUUUUUGCAACUACAGUCUGACAGACACCACCAACCUGACCAGCGCUGUCACCGAGUUCUGGGAACGUAACAUGCACCAGAUGUCCAAUGGUCUGGAGGAGCCUGGAGAGCUGCGCUGGCCCCUGGUGGGCACUCUGGCUCUGGCCUGGAUCCUCGUUUACUUCUCAAUCUGGAAAGGAGUCGAGUGGACGGGGAAGGUGGUGUAUUUCUCCGCCACUUAUCCCUACUUCAUGCUGUUCAUCCUGUUCUUCCGGGGGAUCACUCUGCCCGGGGCCAUCGACGGAAUCCGCUUCUACAUUACACCGGACUUCAAUAAACUCGUCCGCUCUGAGGUGUGGCUGGACGCCGCGACUCAGAUCUUCUUCUCCUAUGGCCUGGGCCUGGGCUCGCUCAUCGCACUGGGGAGCUACAACUCCUACAACAACGACGUCUACAAGGACUCCCUGAUAGUCUGCCUCGUCAACUCCUGUACGAGCAUGUUCGCUGGAUUUGUCAUCUUUUCCAUCGUGGGCUUCAUGUCCCACAUCACCAAGAAACCCGUGCAGGAAUUGGCAGCGUCAGGUCCGGGUUUGGCGUUUUUGGCGUAUCCUCAGGCCGUCACCCAGCUGCCCAUGUCCUCGCUGUGGGCCAUCCUCUUCUUCUCCAUGCUCAUGAUGCUGGGCCUGGACAGUCAGUUCUGCACAGUGGAAGGCUUCAUCACCGCUCUGAUGGAUGAAUACCCCAUGGUGCUGAGGAAGAGGAAGAAGGUCUUCAUCCUCAUCGUCUGCCUCAUCUCUUUCAUAAUCGGCUUCUCCAACAUCACACAGGGUGGUCUCUACGUGUUCAAGCUGUUUGAUUACUACUCCGCCAGUGGGAUGUGUCUUCUCUUCCUGGUCUUCUUCGAAACCAUCUCCAUAUCCUGGUUUUAUGGAGCUGACAGGUUUUACAAGAACAUUGAAGACAUGAUCGGCUAUCGGCCGUGUGUCUGGUGGAAACUCUGCUGGAAGUACUUCACGCCAAUGAUCUGCCUGGGGGUGUUCACCUUCAGCGCCAUCGAGAUGACCCCUCUGACCUUGGGGAAGUACGUGUACCCGCUGUGGGGCCAAGCGAUCGGCUGGUUCAUGGCGAUGUCUUCAAUGAUCCUGAUCCCAGGCUACGUCAUCUACAUGUUCUGCACCAGCAAGGGCAGCUUCAAACAGCGUUGGCGGAAGAUGACAACUGCCCGGGAGGAUAAAAAGCCAUCGGGGCAUGAGGAAUUUACACACACAGGGAGCGUGGGCGAAGCUCCGGUCUAGCCAGGAUUGUUCAGCUCAAAAUAACCUCACUGCCAUCUCCCUCCCCCUUCAUCUGCCAGGGACUGAAUGUGGUCGACGCUGAAAUGUGACAAUCGAGCAGUUGGUGUCUUGUGUAGCGUUUAAGUGUGAUGUUUUCCUUCGUCUGAAAUUGUGCCGAAAAACCAGGAAAAUAAAGAAUGAAGAUGAGGGACUUUGAGAUAGAUUUUCCGUGAACCGUUGUACAUGAACAUGACCAUAAACCUUCAGCCUACACUUUCUCUACCACAACUACAUCUGUGUCUUCAGGUUUACCACAAAUGCGAAGAAUGUGGUUGUACAGAGAAAUGAACCAACUAGUCAAAAAUUUAAAUCUGUGACGCAGCUGUAAUAAUUUCAAAACAAAUAUCAAAUUUUACCAUUAAAUAUUUUUGAACCGUAUUGUUAUAUUUGUUGUUUUUGGUGAUCCAUGCAUACAGAAAUGAAAACAAAAAACAAAAACUGGAACUAUACUAUGACUGUGAUUGAACUCUCUAUAAUCUCAAGUAUAAGCGUUUAUGUAAAAUCCAAAUAUUAUAGAGCUGUAAAUAUAAUGGUGUCUCUUCAUGUAAUGUUUUUUAAUAAAUUGAACAGUAAAAAAAAGUGUUUUUCAUAAAGUGAACGAUGAGAAAGUGGAUAAGGGGGAAUAUGUGAAAUGAUGUGUUUGUAAGAUUUGCCCAGAAAUUACUCAGUUUCAUGU